AUGCAUCUCAACCCUACCACGUUGCUAGUCCAGCUCCUCCUAGCCUCCACCAGCUUAGCGCUCGUGAUCCCUUCCACGACACACUCAUCAACACCAACGUCUUCAGUAGAGCUGUCCGAACGACAACCCACGAAAGUAAAAGCGACCACCACCGCGGCACCAACUGGAUAUUACACCACCACCCAGACUGUCGUUAUUGAUGGCGUUACAAACAGCCACGUUACAAUCCCCGCCAAGACCAUCCUCCUCACCCUCCCGACGUGCCACCAAACCCUCAAGCCGGACAAGAACGGCUAUCUGCCACCAGGCACAUGCAACGCGAUCUGGAACUACUAUCCCAGUUUCGCCGCUGCGUUGGUCUUUGCGGGUCUGUUCGCGACCAUGACGGCGGUGCACAUUUGGCAAGCUGCGCGGUACAAGAAGAAGUGGUGCUGGGUCAUUAUCAUGGCGAGCCUUUGGGAGACCUGCGCCUUCAUUUUCCGAGCCGUGAGCACAAAAGCCCCUCAGAGUAGUGGGGUCUAUCUCGUCUUCCAGAUCUUCAUCUUGCUGGCGCCGCUCUGGGUGAACGCCUUUGCGUACAUGACACUGGGACGAAUGGUAUACUACUUUAUCCCGUCCCGGUCGAUCUUUCGGAUGCCUGCUGUAACACUCGGCGCCGUAUUUGUCGGCCUAGACAUAAUAUCCUUCAUUAUUCAGCUCGUUGGUGGAAGUAUGGCGGGUCCAGGAUCGCCUCCUGAUUUGCAACUCCACGCCGUUCAUAUCUACAUGGGCGGUAUCGCCCUGCAAGAAUUCUUCAUCUUGAUUUUCGUGGGUCUGUGUAUCGCAUUUCAGCGAUCCAUGUCAAGGGUCGACAGAUCAAGCAAGGAAUCUGCGAGCAUCUUCGGAUCGCCUUGGGGGACACUGCUCUGCACUCUCUAUUUCUCUUUGGCGAUGAUAACCAUUCGUAUUAUUUAUCGUUUGGUUGAGUUUUCGGGCGGCCUUGGCCAAGACAAUGCUCUAACCACCCAUGAGGCAUACUUUUACGCUUUAGAGGCGGUCCCCAUGCUCUUAGCUAUCGGAGCCUUCAACAUCAUGCACCCAGGGAAGUUCAUGACAGGCCCGAACUCGGAGAUGCCAGGGCUCAUCCGGUCUGUAAGGAAUUGGAUCGCAAAGAAACGCGGCAAGCAGUUGUUGGACAGCGCCAGCGAGGAUGGCGUCGAACUUGCGCCUGGUUGGCAGAAGACCCCAACGAACAUCCAUUAG